UGGGGGAGGUGCAUCUUUUCCUGGGUUUUUUUUUUUUCUUCCCGGGAAUGAAAAAUAAACCCGAGUCGACCUGAAUUACCCAUCAUCCACCACAGUACGUUCUAGCGAUCUCCCAGGGAAGGCGUCCCGGUGCUACCUAGAAAAUGCUUUCUGUUAACAACAAGAGGCUUUUCAUCUAAUUUACUCCGUGAGAUCGCACGCAUAUAAUGGCUGAACUUUUUAUGGAAUGUGAAGAGGAAGAGCUGGAACCAUGGCAGAGAAGACUACCAGAAGUGGUAGAUGAUGAUGAUGAUGACGACGACGAACCCAUUUUUGUUGGAGAGAUUACCAGUUCAAAGACUACAAAUUGCAUGCCUCAAAAUAACAUAAAUAGAUCGAAUUAUGUUUCUAACCAACGAGUUCACAAUGGAACGCUUAAUAGAUCUUCAGCUGUUACCCCUUGUAAUACAGGUUCAAAUGUUAAUUAUAAACCUGCUGUCCAGCAUAGUUCUUCUGCUACAACCAACUCGGUGUCUCCUGCCUUAGCAGUUUAUCAGCCUACAGUAAGGCCAGUAUUGAUGAAGGCUGCACCAAGAUCAACACCAGCUUCCCUACCAAAUCAAUCAGUCUCCCGAGGCCAUAUCAGCCCCACAGGCUCCCAGACAACAAUCCGAUCUGCUACAUCGCAGAAUGUGACAAGAUCUCUGUUUGUUCCCGUUACAACACAGUCACUGCCUAGACCUGCGACACAGCCUGCAGCAACACAGCAGAUGUCUCGAUCUGUGGCAGCACAGCCAAUAAUAAUAAACAAUCAGAGUUACAUUGUGAGUUCAGCUCCAAUAGCUGGUAGUUCAAACGUAUUAUUGGGUAUCAAACCAUCUACGCCUGUAGGACAAUAUUCUGUGACUUCGGUUUCAACAGGAGUUUCUCCUAACAUGGGCAGACCAAUUCAGCCGCAUUCUCAAGUACGCCAACCUUUACCCUCAAGAACAGUAUCAAUUGGUGUACAAAGACCUCUGUUACAACCUACUCAGAAUAAUAACGUGAGAUUGACAAGUGGACCAAAUUCUGCAAAACUGCAGACGCCAAUACAGGUGAAUUCUCCAAGGAUACAGUCUCCUCACAUAAGCUCUCCAAGACUUCAGUCAGCAACCCAAGUUGUAAAUAGAGCAGGUAGCGUGAUGGGUAGUUCAAGCAGUAAUUUGAUAAAACGUCCCGCUACAUUUGAGAUUAACGCCACAAAUCCAAAAAAGCAAAGUCUUGAGGUUAUUACUCCUCAUCUACCAUCUACUAUUUCAACUACUCUUCAAAAUAAUAUUUUAAAAGAUACAUCUGACUCUACUGGUUAUACUAACAAUGGAGAACCUAUUAUUAAAGCUUGUCCAAAGUGCAAUGUACAUUUCAACCGUAUUGGGACCCUUAAGAAUCACAUAAAGUUUUGUUGCCCUGAUAUGAUGAAUGACUAUUUUCCUACAACAUCUAAACAAGAUAUGCCAUCCUCUCCUGUUAAGCUUGCUGAUGCAGAAAAAGGAAAACUUGUCAUGUUAGUACAAGACUUCUAUUAUGGAAAGCAUGAAGGAGACCUGCGCUUUUCUCUGCAAGAGCAGAAAACAAAUACCACAUUCAAGUGUUGCAGUUGCCUAAAAAUACUCAAAAACAACAUAAGAUUUAUGAACCAUAUGAAACAUCACUUGGAACUGGAAAAACAAAGUAACGAAAGCUGGGAAAACCAUACAACAUGCCAGCAUUGUUAUCGCCAGUAUGCCACACCGUUCCAGCUGCAGUGCCACAUUGAAAGCUCCCAUAGUCCUUAUGAAUCUACCACCACUUGUAAAAUAUGCGAAUUAUCUUUUGAAUCUGAGCAAGUGCUUUUACAACACAUGAAGGACAAUCAUAAGCCAGGGGAAAUGCCCUAUGUCUGUCAGGUGUGUAACUAUAGGUCAUCCAUUUUUUCGGAUGUGGAAAAUCACUUUCGCACAACUCAUGAAAACACCAAAAAUCUGUUGUGUCCAUUUUGCCUUAAGGUGAUUAAAAGUGCAACACCAUUUAUGCAUCAUUAUAUGAGACACCAGAAAAAAGGAGUACAUCGUUGUACAAAGUGCAGACUGCAGUUUUUAACCUGCAAAGAGAAAAUGGAACAUAAAUCUCACCAUCAUCGAUCAUUCAGGAAGCCCAAGUCCUUGGAAGGUCUGCCUCCUGGAACCAAGGUUACUAUUCGAGCAUCUCUGUCUUCCUUAAGUGGUUCACCAUCAUCUCCCAGUGCAACCAGCAAAUCAGUUGUCAGCCUUGUUCCUGACAGUCCUUCUACUAAGCAGAUGAUCAGACCUCAAACAAAUCAAGGAAAAUCAAGAUCAACAUAUUACCAAAAAAAGCAGGACAGAUUCAGUAUUUCUAAAUCCUCCGAGCAGCCUAUUGUGUCAUUAAGGAAUAUAAGAAAGCAAAGGAAGAAGCAAACAGCGAGGUCUGAAAGGUCCAUCAUGAACCAAACAAGAAAAGCAGGCAGAACCAGAGUACAAAAUAAUUCGAGAGGUGGACCUGGACUCCUGAAAUGCAUUGAAUGUUCUUCUGUUAUUAAGGAUUUUGCAGCUCAUUAUCCUUCCUUUGUUAAAUGUCGUAUGUGUAGAUAUAAAACCAGUUGUAGCAAAGCCUAUGGGAAUCACAUGAUACGGUUCCACAGUACUGUUUCAAAGGAGCGCCUUCGGAAAGAGAAGAAAUAUUGUAAUUACCCAAGUGGUGUCACGCUAGUUUGUCUUAACUGUGAUUUUCUAACCGAUGCUGCGGGUGCAGAUGACAUGAGUAAACACCUUAAUGACCGACAAAACCACACCUGUCAAGUUAUUAUAGAGCCAGAUGCACCUAAAUCCCGCAGAGAAAAAACACAAAAGGUUAUACCCCAAAAUACUACUUCAAAGCUAGAAGCAGACGCAUGUCGGACAAGCAAAAGCACAACCGUAGUUCAAGAAGAAUCCACUUCUCUGCAAUGUGAAAGCAUUGUAAACGAUUCAAGUUUGGAGGAAAACAAGAAUGAAAAAAGUGAAGCUGUUCCUGAGGAAACAGACAAGGCAACUUCAGAAAACAUAGGAAAGUGUGAAGUGCUUGAAGGAUGUGACAAAAAUGCAGAAAAUCUAGAUAAAUUAAAAAAUAAAGACAGUUUUACAGCCAAGGAAGUGCCAGAAACAACUGAAACAGAUAAUGGUGAGAAGCCUGCAUCAUGUGAAAACUCAUCUAAGCCAGAUGAAACGGAGGAAUCAGAAAGUGAGAAUAAACUUGAAAAACCUUCUGCAGCGGAAAAGGAAGAAGAUGAUGUAGAUCAGAAAGAAGAUGCAGAAGAGGCUGUUCCCUUUGAACAGUUUUUGCGGAAGGUAGACGAGCCACAGUCCGUUAGUUCUGAUGUUAGCGAACAAGGCAGCGUUCAUCUAGAGCCAUUGACUCCUUCAGAGGUACUUGAACAUGAAGCUACAGAGAUUCUACAGAAGGGUAAUCCUGGGUCUUCUGAAAUGAAGACAACACCUGUUUAUGAAAAAGAAGAUGAUGAUGAUGAUGAUAACACCAAUAAUGAUAACAACUCGCCAGUCUGCCCUGAUGCUUCAGAGAACAUACCUGCUGAAGUAGAAGAGAAAACUGAGAGUUAAAGGAUAAACCAGCGUUCUUUGUCACCAUUUUUAUUUGUCUAGUCUCCAGUUCCAAACAGUGUGAAAGCAUGUGGUUAACACAAAGCUUUAGGUUCUUUGGAAUUGAGAUAUAUAUAUAUAUAUAUAUAUAUAUAUAUAUAUAUAUAUAUAUAUAUAUAUAUAUAUAUAUAUAUAUAUAUAUAUAUAUAUAUAAUAUAAUGUGUAAAAUAUGCACACGUCUAUACACCUAUAUGAGGGUGUAAUUCUGCCAGGCUAUAAGCUUUCUAAGUAAACUUUCAAUGAAAGUUGGAUCACAUAAGCAUUAUGUAAAUAUAUCAUUAAGCUUCAGUGCGGAAAAUGGAAUAGGACACGAUUAAUUGAACAAAAAGCAAACUAGUUAGAAGUUUGUUGGUACUGAUUUACAAGUCUGGUUUUGCUUGGGACCUGUUGGAGUGGUUAGUUUAACCAAAGUAUAGAUCUUGAUUUUUCCAGACAUUUUUAAAACACUGUAUAUAUUUUUUUAAAUGGCAUGUGUUUUACCAUAUGGCAGCUACUUCUAGUUAACUGUAUGUUACAGUAAAUGGCUUCUAGGCAUGUAGCAAGAAUGUAAAGUGAAAACUAAAAUGCUCUGUAGAAUUAUGUUGUGUAUUGUAUAUGAGGAGGAAGCUUUGGAACUGUGAUCUUGAGUAUUUUUGCUACACCUUUGCUCGUAGAUCUAGAAUUGUUGACUGUGGGUGAGUUGCAUAGCUUGCAUUAUAUCAGUUUGUUAAACUGUUUUCCCCAUAUAAAAAUAUUUUUUUCGUA